AUGUCCAUAACCUGGAAGGUUUUGGCCCAGUCAGUCUUCAUUCAGCCUUGGAGGGGGCUCGAGGAAGCUGGAAAACUUACUCCGGCGCUCCAUGACCUUGUCAUGGCCAUCCUCAGAGGUGCGGCCCUGGGACUGCAGUACUGCGGCAGAGGCAAGGCCGACCACGGUGGUGACAGCGGCGAAAAUGGUUCCGAUUCUCAUUUUGAAAUGGUCGAUGAGUGA